UUUCCUUCCGCUAGUGGCGUCUUAAAAUAAAAAGUUGGCUAGUGGGGAACUGGGGAGUCGCGAAGCCACGCCUAGGUAACGGCGACGAGCCGACGACGCCGGUGAGGACAACUCCGGCGGGAGACCUGACACCGCAACACGGUCGGAGCGUCGUCGGAGGUAUUGCAACUCGUUUGCCUUGUACCUGCAGUCGUGGUCUUCGACGAAAUGCUGGCCCGAGCUGAGCUGCCGGCAGUAAGGCCGCGCGAGGACGCGAGGUGUUCGACGCAUUGCCUGAGCCGGCGGCCCUGUCUCCGGGGUCUGCACUCUACAGCCGUGGGUUGCUUGUGCCCCGGGAGGCGUUUCUUGGAGCGCGCACGCUUGGCUGGAAAUUGCUGGGGUACAGACUGAACUGUACUUGAGCACGGCGAUGUCUGAUGUUUCUCGUGUGAAGGUAUAUUGUUCCACUGCACGCCUCUCAUAGUCUCAAACUUCAGUGCUGGGAUAGGUUGAUAAUACGUUGCUACUUACUGUUGCCAAUUUGACAUAGUAGAGUACACCUUCCAAUUCAUCUAUGGUGACCCUGGAUUAUCUAUUUAGGAGUUGUGUAAAAAAAGGAGAGGAAAAGUAUAUCUUCAGGAAUCCUAGCAACCAAUUAUUUUUGUGCUAAUCACUGGUAUUUAGUUUGGGACAUGAUAAGAUCAACAUGGCAUUAGUUUAUUUGUACCAUGUUUCCUUUUACUAAUGCUGGUUUUAGUGGGCUUGUAUAUACUAGCACGGGUCUAACUCCAAGGUGACCCUGUGAUGCUUUUAUUAGUGUCAAUACCAGCCAGGCUGGUGUGGAUUCUCAUCAUUGAUCGGUUCCAACUAGGGCUGGCCAGGAAGCUCGUGGCUCGUUAGCUCGCUCGGCUCGUGAGAAGCUCGGCUUGGCUCGGCUCGGCUCGUUUGGUUUUCCUAACGAGCCGAGCUUGCAUUUCAGCUCGUUAGAGAUAACGAGCCAGCUCGAGCUGGCUCGCGAGCCGCUCGCGAGCCUUAACGAGCCAGGGCAGAUGAGAAUGGAGGCCCAGCCCAACAGCCCAACUCGGUUGCCGGCCUGCCGCCUGCCGAAAACCCUAGUACUCCCAGACGGCCUGACGCCCAGAGCCCCAGACCCCAGUCUAUCCCCAAUUCCCCAUUCCCCAAUUCCCGAUCUGGCUUGGCGGCCGAUCUCGUCUCCUCCCCUUCUCUCGUUCUCGUCUCCGACCGACUCUCCUCCCUGGCUCCCCGCCGGCCGCCGCCAGCCCGCCAGCCACCACCACGGGCCCACGGCUGCACGGCACCACCCGCCAGCCGCCAAGCCAGCCAUCGCAAGGCGCCGCCGCCAGCAGCCACCGCCAAGCGCCGCCACCAGUCGGCACCGCCACGCGCUGCCACCAGCCACCACCGCCAAGUGCCGCCGCCUGCCGGCACCGCCAAGCGCCGAUGCCAGCCACACCGCCAAGCGCCGCCGCCAGCCGCCACCACCGCCAAGCGCCGCCACCAGCCACCCGCCAGCCGCCGGCGCCACGCGUUUGAGAAGCAACUCAACGCCGCCGUCCACUGAAGGAACUCGACGCUGCCAUCUCGCCAUCCACAUUCCACGCCGCUGCUUACUGACAUGGAGGAGGCGCCGCACCCGCAACCACCAAGCGUGGAAUCCCAGAGCAAAUGCGCGAGCGCGAAGCCAACCUCGUCGGCAGCUACAGGUGCAGGUGCAGCGGCACGUACACGCUCCGCACGGAUUGCUCAAACCAAGGUUGGCCGUAGUCGAGGAUCCGCAACCGCAAGGACCGCAAUCGCAAGUGGGGCAAUUGGAUCGCCGUCACCGGCAUCAGCAUCACGAGCUAAUGUGUCCACGACCGUGGAAAUGGACAUGGUGGCCAUUUCAGAUGGAGGGGAGGAUGAAGAAAACAGCUUUGACUUGAAUGAUGAGAUGUCGGUGAGCCUACCUUCGUCAAGAAGCAGCAGUGAGGGAGAGGAUGGAGAUGACACAUCAAAGACUCAAAAACGAGGUGCAAAAAGGCCAAAGGCAGGUAUUUCACUAUCUCCUUCGAAAGUUAAGAUAACAAGAGGAAAGCAUGCUAGUUGUUGGAAAUAUUAUAAGGUGAUCAAUGUUCCCUCCAAGAAGGAAAAGGGAAAAUGGAAUGUAAGGCAAAGUGUAGGUUUUGUCAUCACAACUAUGCAUAUCGCCCUGGGGGAACCACUACAACACUAAAUCGUCACUUAGAUAAGUGCACAAUAUAUCUGAACAAGCUUGCAAAGGCUAAAGCUCAAGGUACACUUGAUUUUCCUUUAGCUGAUGGUUCUAUGGUUGUGCAUCCUACUGAGUAUGAUCAUGAUCACACUAAACUUUUGAUUGCCCGUAUGAUAAUUCUACAUGAUUACCCAUUUAGAAUUGUUGAGCAUAAAGGGUUUAAUGCCUUGAUGAAGUGGAUGAAUCCUAGCUAUGAAUUCAUUGGUCGCAAGGCCAUAAAAAGUGAAUGCAUGAAAUUGUAUGAAUCUGAAAAGGAACAUCUCAGGAAAAGUCUUAGGGAGGCUGAGACCAUAAGUUUAACUACAGAUAUGUGGACAUCAAAUCAAAACCUUCAGUAUAUGUGUUUGGUGGCUCAUUACAUAGAUGUUAAUUGGGUUUUGCAAUGCCGUGUCCUAAACUUUGUUGAGGUGGAGCCUCCUCACACCGGUAUUGUCAUAGCUCAAGCUAUUUUUGAUUGCUUGGUUGAUUGGAAAAUAGAGGACAAGGUCAUGACAAUAACCCUUGAUAAUGCUUCAAACAAUGACACCGCUGUUUCAAAUUUGAAGUCUAAGCUUGCUGCUAGAAAGAAUGCUCAGUUUGAUCCAGAUUAUUUCCAUGUUCGUUGUGCUGCCCACAUAGUUAAUUUGGUUGUUAAUGAUGGCCUGCAACAAAUUCAAUCUUUGAUAACCAAUGUUAGGAACACUGUGAAGUACUUUAAGAAGUCUCCAGCCCGUAUGUAUAAGUUUGUGGGUGUGUGCAACACUUAUUCAAUUAAAGUUGGUAGAGGGUUGUCUAUUGAUGUUAAAACAAGGUGGAGUUCGACCUAUCGGAUGCUAGAGACAUGCAUUGAGUAUAGAAAUGGUUUUGAUUAUUAUGCUGAAUCAGACACCAAAUAUGAAUGGCUACCUUUACAAUCUGAAUGGGAUUUGUUUGAGAAAAUUCAGCCAAUCUUGGGAACAAUGUCUGGUGCAACCACUGCAUUUUCAGGGUCAACCUACCCCACUGCCAAUGUUUUCUAUCCAUACAUAGCUAAAGUUAAGAUUGCAAUAUUAGCUUCUAGAGCACAAGCACAAACUGCACUGUUAGAAGCUGCAAGGUUAGGGCAGCAGUCUAGACUUUAUGAACCUGACCCUAAUGAUGUAUUGCUGGUGACUAUGGCUGAUGCAAUGUUGGAAAAAUUCAAUAAAUAUUGGGAGAACACAAACAAUAUCAUGAUCAUUGCUACAAUCCUUGACCCUAGGUUCAAAAUGAGGUACAUUAGAUGGUGCUUCAGUGAAUUUUUUGGUGAGACAAGGUGUGUAACAGAGGUUGCUGCCAUAACUGAUGAGAUGGAAAAACUCUACAGAAAGUAUGAGCGGAUAUGUCGCCACAACCAAGGUGGGAACAGUCCACACAAUGGUCACUCGGCCUCAUCCUCAAUCUCUACUACCACCUCAUUGGCUUCAAUUAUUCCAAGUGGAUUUCAAUCCUUUUUGCAGUCAAAUGCUAAAGAAUCCUCAAAGUCUGAGUUACUCAUCUAUCUAGAUGAACCAAAUGUGUCCCUCGAAGAUAGCACUUUCAACUUACUCAAUUAUUGGAAGGUAAAUGCCCAUAGGUUUCCUGUUGUGUCCAACAUGGCAAAGAGGUUCUUGGCUGUUCCAGCUAGCAGUGUGUCAUCAGAGUCCACUUUUAGUACCGGGGGAAGAAUUCUUGAUGACUACCGGAGUUCUUUGAAGCCAGAAACAGUUCAGGCUUUGGUUUGUGCUUCAAGCUGGAUAAGAGCCUCUCAAAAUGACAAUAGUGCACCUAUCCCUGUGGGAGAAAAUGGAGAUGAUGACAUCGAAAUAGUGGACUUCCCCAAUUGUGUGGUGGCAAGCAACUAGCUACAAGCCUACACCCUAUGGGAGAAAGGGAGUGUGGGACUAUGGGAGAAAGGGAGCUGCCAAUUGCCAUGCUAUUUGUGUUUUGUGUUUAUGUGCAACUGUGUUGGAUGAAAUCAUGAAAAUGAUGAACCUUGCAGGCUGCAGCUUUACUAGAUAUGCACUUAUGCUAAAUAUUGGUGUAUUGAAGUAUUGAACUAUUGAACUUGAAGCAUGGAUUAUUGUACUGGACUGAACCUAUGUUUAAUUACAGUCUUUUGUUGAACUA